AUGAAUUCUCUGGGGCUUUCUCUUGACUCUUGGGAGACCUUCGCGGGUCUCUUUGGUCUCGGCGUUCUCAGUCAUGUAUUUGCUCUACGAAAAGGCGAAUGGGACCUUUGGACGAUGACUUUCAUCUAUGCGUGGAUCACUUACGAAGCCGUUGUGCCAUCCACUCUUAUCCAGUUUCGGUCUAUGGCCUACCUAGAUGCCAUAUUUGUCGCCAAUACACUGCUUUCCUCGUUCAUGUUCGGCAUGACAAUCAGCAUCUUGACCUAUCGAGCUUUUUUCCACCGUCUCAACAGAUUUCCUGGUCCUUUUAUCGCUCGACUCACAAACGUAUACGGUACAUGGUUAGCUGUCAAGGAAGAGCACAUGUAUUUGGAAGUCCAGGAGUUACAUAAAAAAUAUGGAGAUAUAGUCAGGAUUGGACCCAUGGAACUUUCAAUCGCGACACCAAGCGCUUUUCGCAUCCUGCAUGCAAACAACUCACCGAUUGUCAAGGGCCCGUUUUAUAGUGUCGCAAACCCAUGGGUGAAUCUGCUUGCAGAUAGAAACAGAAAGCGUCAUGCUAUUCGACGCAAGACGUGGGAUAAGGCCUUCACUGCUAAAGCACUGCGCGAUUACGAGCCGCGAGUUGUCAAAUAUACAAAGCAACUAACCCAGCAAAUCGCAAAGACCGAGGGUGAACCCAUGAACGUCUCAGCCUGGAUCAACUUCUAUACCUUCGACAUAGUUGGUGACCUCGCCUUCGGCACCAGCUUCGACUAUCUUGUCAAAGGGAAAAGAGACAAGUUCCUGGAAGAUUCACAUGGAAGCCAAGCUCUCACGGGAGCCUUCCGACAAGUCACUUGGCUCUUUGCUGUUUUCAAAGAAACUCCCUUUCUCAACAAUUCAUGGUUGUCUUUUCAAUCUUGGUUGAAGGAGAAGGUUGAGAUCAGACGAAAUAACAAGCCAUCGCAACCGGAUGUAUUUUCCUUCAUUCUGGAGGAUUAUGAUGCUAUUGAGAAUCCUACGAAGGAUGAUUACAUGAGGCUUUGUGGUGACGCUCAUCUCAUCGCUGUUGCCGGAAGUGACACGACGUCUGCAGCAACAACCUGUCUGCUCCACCGACUCGCUCUCAACCCUGAGACCUGCAAGAAGCUCCAAGAUGAGAUCGACGACUACAAGACUAACCAUGAGGAGUCGGAUCAUUUCUCCAUGAGUAAACUUAAGUAUCUGCAAGCUUGCAUCGAUGAAUCACUUCGACUUACUCCUGUUGUCAUGUCUGGACUUCAGCGAAUGACGCCGCCUGAAGGGAUGCAACUGGGUGAUGUGUUCAUCCCCGGAGAUACCAUCUUCCGUGCUCCUUCUUACACCAUGUAUCGGGAUGAGCGAUGCUUCGCGCGCCCCAAUGAGUUCAUUCCAGAAAGAUGGACCACAAAGCCCGAGUUGACCAUCGAUUCGUCAGUCUACGCCCCUUUCUCCACUGGCCGUGGCGCAUGUGCUGGAAAGCAACUGGGCCUCAUGGAGAUGCGUUAUGUGCUCACUGAGAUUCUUUCUAACUAUGAUAUUUCGCUGGCACCCGGUACCAAGCCAGAUACAUUCGUUGAUGGCUUACGUGAUUGCUUCACCCUGGAACUGCCAGACCUGAACAUGGUGUUCACACCCAGAGCUCGGGAUGGACAGAAGCAAGCAUAA